AUGCAGGCCGCUCUGAUCCAACAGCUCAAGAGCGAGAACCUUGAUCUGCAAGACAAGAUUGUGCAGCAGCAGGCGGCGAUCGAGAGCACGUCCCACGCUCUGCACCUGACGCAGACUCAGGCCAAUUCGUUACUGAAACACGUGGCGCAGAUGACGGCGCAGGAGGAGAUGAUGCGAGCGGAGGAGUGGCUGCUGAAGGUGCAACUCGAGGACAACAACAAGCAGUUCAAAGCAGCCGCCAACAAGUUCCAGACCGAGCUGGCGGAGGCACAACACAACGCCUGCACGAGCGAGAUCCACAAGCUGAAAAAACUCGUCAGCUCCUUGAAGUCGUCCCAGUCCAGAGCCGAAGCCGAAGCAGCAGAACUCAGAACGCAGACAAAGGUUCUGAGGUCAGAGGUGAAGGAGGAGAAACUGGGCAAAGAGAUGGUCAUUUACAAGACUGCAAGAAAGACCCAGCUCUUCCACAGGUACAGGAAGAAGAUGGCAGACAAACGAGAGCUGUUCUCGACUAUGACCACGAUGCUAAACUCUAAAGUAUUCUCUGUGCGUACGAGCCCGACCCACAGCAAGCAGGAAGUGGCAGAGCUCAGGCGGGAAAACCAGGAGCUGAAGGAGAAGCUGGAGAACCGCCCGGACGAGCCGUUCAAGCAGUUGUACUGGGCCAAGAAGACCAUCAACAAACAGCAAGAGAAGAUCACGCUGCUGAAGGCCGAGUGCAUGAUGUACUACGAUCUGAGCACCCGCAAGAAGGAGGAGAGUGAGGCGCUGCAGCAGGAAGUGGCCCGGCUCAAGCAACAGGAAGUGACCCGGCUGAAGCAUCAGGAAGUCACCCGGCUAAAGCACGAGGAGCCAAAUCAGAGAGCACACACGCUGACCAGAACCAGAAUCCCAGCGGUUCACGCAAUACCAGUGUUUAAUGAUAAAGGUCUGAUCGUGAGCGGGAUAGUGAUGGGAGGAGGGACACUCAAGGGGAAGAAGCUGGUCCAUAAGAAGUCAAGUCUGGAACCAAACCACAUCUAA